AUGGCGGACAAACCAGCAAAAGCGCGCAUCCGCGACAAUCAACGUCGCUCUCGAGCAAACAAAAAGGAGUACGUAGCCUCCUUGGAGCAAAAGAUCGCAGAAUACAAUGCACAAGGCGUUCAAGCAACUAUAGAGAUGCAAACGGCCGCAAGGGCUGUUGCUCUUGAGAAUGAACGGCUACGAAAGCUCCUGGGCGAAGUAGGAGUAUCGUCAGAACGAAUAAAUUCCUAUUUACAAUCGUUCAGUGUAUCUCCCGAACCUCAAACUCAAAGGCUGGAGACACCCAAGUCUAUGCAGUGUGAAAAACUUCCAAGGAUUACGGGAUCUUGUGUGGGCCCGUGUGGUGGCUCAAGAAAGUCAACUGACGAGAGGGUGUUGCCUCCGCCUGAUAUGCCCGAACCCGAGGUACGCGAGGUCAGGCCAGACGAAAUAUUUAAAACCGGGCCGAGCUUUUGUUCAGAAUACGGUGGGGACCCGACUCUCGAAACACCGUGUGAAGCAGCCGCUAGUAUAAUCCUUCAGAUGAAAGGCCAUGGAGACAAGAGUACACUGUACACUAAAUUCGGUUGCAAAAGCGGCUCCAUUGCCAGCUGCACAAUCAAAAACACGGAUCUUUUUCGGAUAAUGGAUGAAGAGCACUGA